CAUGCCUGGGAACAUCCACCGGUUUCUCCAACAACGGCAACGCCGAGGCCCGGUACAAGCGGUACAAGGAGAUGUACACAAACUGUACCUACGUCUCUGGCAACCUGGAGAUCUUGACUAACGCUGAACCUUGUCUUCUGCCAACAGGUUACGUGCUGAUAUCAGGAAACAUUGCCGAUUAUAUCCCUUUAACCAGCCUGAGGAUCAUCCGAGGCAGCCCGUUGUUCUACCACAACAAAACCAACAGCACCUACAGCUUGUUCGUGGCCCUCAACUAUGAGAUCGGUGGCUCGCGAGGCCUCAAGGAGCUUCGCUUCACCAACUUAUCAGAAAUCCUGGCUGGAAAAGUGUUCUUCCAAAACAACGACAGACUCUGUUACGAUGACACGAUCAACUGGAAGGACAUCAACCCCAAGAGUGACCCGCCCGUGCUCUUCGUCAAUCACAUCAAGACGCCCGAGAAGCACUGUGAGUAUCUGGGCGGACAGUGUCAUGACAGCUGCUACAAUGCAGUCACCAAGGCCAAGCACUGUUGGGGUGAAGGACCGGACAUGUGCCAGAAGUUGAGCUACGGAGAUGUCUGUCAUGGAAACUGUGGAGGAAGUCGAUGUUACGGAAGUCUGCCCAACCAGUGCUGCCACCCUCAGUGUGCUGGAGGCUGCACUGGACAGUUGAAGACAGACUGUUUUGCCUGUCACAAUUACAUAGACGAAGGCGAGUGUGUGGCAUUCUGUCCUAAAGAAUCUGUCUACGACAAAACUAAGAUGGUCAACGUGCCAAAUGAAAACAUGAAAUACACAUUUGGAUCUGUCUGUGUCACCAAAUGUCCUGAAUUCCUGCUCCAAGAUGGCAACUCUUGCGUCCGUCAGUGUGCAGAGAAUUCUCAUGCGGAGGACCAGAAGCAUUGCAAGCCAUGCAAUGGUCCAUGCCCUAGAAGGUGUAAAGGCAUUGAUCCUCCAGAGUUCCUCAACCUGCACAAUAUAGGCUCAUUCGAAGGGUGUACGACCAUCGACGGCAACAUGAUUAUUUUAAUGACAUCUUUUCUCAGGGAUGAGCAUUACGACAUUGAACCCUUGCACCCACACAACCUGACAGUGCUGAAGAAUGUGAAGGAGAUCACUGGAUACUUGCUGAUUCAGUCGAACCACUCAGAGUUCACAGACUUAAGCUUCCUGUCCAGCCUAGAAGUGAUUCACGGCCGUACUACCGC